AUGAAAGAAUGUGGCGUGUGCCCUGCAUCUACCUGCGUAGAUCGUUCAGUGCUUGGUUUACCACCUUCAUCAUCUAAUACCUCAAGUGCUUCAUCCUCCACACCAACCAAUGAUGCUUCAUCCGCUGAAGAAGAAAAUGAGCAGCCAACCGAUUCUAAAGGAAAUAAUAAUAAGGGUGCCUUGAUUGGUGGUAUUGUGGGUGGUUUACUUGGAGGUCUCGUGAUAUUUACAGCCGUCGGAUGUUUGCUGAUUCGACGUUACAAGCACAAGUCAAAGAAUCUAUUACCAUUUGCAUCAUCCAAUUUGGGUGUUGGUUACAGUAGCACAAGUGAAAAGACAUCCAAUGUUGGCAAUACACGCCAAGUGACUUCGGGUGUCAUUCCAGUGACCUAUAUCCCACCUGGCAGCAGCAAUAAUAACAAUACCACGACGACGACGGCUCGAGAUAGCAAUCGUGCUUCACAAUUCUUAAAUGUCACUGAUUAUGACAGUGAUGGUGAAUCAGCUGAUACCCGUAGUUCAAUGGCAUCGACUGCAGAUAACCCAACCACCCCAUCCAAAACAGGCUAUGCCAUUGCUGUUUCCCGUGCACGACCCCAAAUCAUGCGUGUCAAUCAAAUCCAAAUCCCUUCCGCAGAUGGUCUUAGCCGUAGUAGUUCAGUGCGUACGGUGCUUACACGUGAAGCUAAUCUUUCUCGUUCCAAUACGGCUCCUGCUCGUCGUGUACACAAACCACCUACACCUCAACCUCGCCCCAUCACCAUGCUAAAUCCAGCAGAGCAACAACAACAAUCACUUGCACCACCCGCCCCUGACAAUAAUAAUGAUCAUGAAGAUCCUUUCCAUGAUCGCCAUUCAAUUAGUGUCGAAGAUUUAUCUCGUCCAUCCUCCUCCUCUUUGCAACACCAAUCCACUUUGGAUACUAGGACAUUGGGUGAUGGCGAAAUUACCAUUUAUUGGAAUCCUGAUGAACACCAACAAAAGCGAUAG